AUGGUUACCACUACGACGAAUACCCACCACGCGCACCAUGACGCAUCAUCCUACUACUAUCAGUCCGAGAGGACGACCCCCGAAACCGAAGCGCAGGGCUUCGAAUGGAUGGUCCCGACCGUCAUCGACGAUGACGAUUUGAUGUUUGGCGGCAAGAGCUUAAGCGCAUGGUACGAGGAGGACCGGAGGAGCGUCAGCACCCCCGAGGAAGAACGACGUGGUCGUCAACGGGUGCGACAACAUCACUCGCAUUCUCGCCAUCCCAAGUCCAAGGCGACGGGCAACGGCGAGCAGAAGAAGCAUUAG